GCAUCGUGCAGCUGAGGACCUCUUCGCUCGCGGACAAUGCAUUCAGUUCUCACGGUGGAGAUUAAAGUCGCCGAGAUACAAGAAACGUUUUUCGCGCCCGAGUUCAGCCUGGAGCCAAGCGGGGGCCUUGGGGGCGGCGGCUGCCGGCGGGGAGCCAGGCCCGGGCUGCGUCCCGCGCAGCCAUUGGCGGGCGCCGCCGCGCGCUGCACUGAGCAUGUUCGCGCCCCGCCGGCUCCGGGCCGCAGCCGCAGCCGCAGCCGCAGCGAAGGCAGCCGCGGGAGCCGCCGCGCAUUAUGCAAAGCGGCGGCAGAUGCGAGCGGGACCAGCUGGUCGCACGUCAGCUUCUCCUCCCAGCAGCUCUCCCGGCUGCCUGACUUACCCAGGAGAGUCCCCCGGCCCGGACUCGGGGCUGAGGAGGGCCGGCAUGGCCUGAGUGCGCGGGGCGCGGCGGCGCAGCGGCGGGAUUGCACCAUGGGGAACCAGGAGGGGAAGCUGAAGAGGAGCGCAGGUGAUGCCGCGCACGAAGGCGGCGGCGGCGGCGGCGGCGCCGAGGAUGCUGUGGGGCCCAGGGAUGUGGAGGCCACAAAGAAGGGCAGUGGGGGCAAGAAGGCGCUGGGCAAGCACAGCAAGGGGGGAGGGGGCGGCGGCGGGGAGCCCGGCAAGAAGAAGAGCAAGUCGGACUCCAGAGCCUCGGUGUUUUCCAACCUGCGGAUCAGGAAGAACCUGUCCAAGGGGAAGGGCGCCGGCGGCUCCCGGGAGGAUGUGCUGGACUCGCAGGCCCUGCAGACCGGGGAGCUGGACAGCGCUCACUCCCUGGUCCCCAAGACUCCAGACCUCAGCCUCUCGGCGGACGAGACGGGCCUCUCGGAUACGGAAUGUGCGGACCCCUUUGAGGCGCCUCGGCCGGGGGGUCCUGGGCCUGCCGAGGCUGCGGUGGCGGUUGGGGCGGUCGCUGAGGAUUUGGAACCCGCGGCGGGGGCGCAGGAUGGACAAAGGACCAGUUCGGGCUCGGAUACGGACAUCUACAGCUUUCACUCGGCCACGGAGCAGGAGGAUUUGCUCUCGGACAUUCAGCAGGCGAUUCGCCUGCAGCAGCAGCAGCAGCUCCAGCAGCUGCUUCAGGGCUCCGAGGAGUCUGCAGCGCCCCCCACUGAAGCUCGCCCUCAACCAGGGGCCUUCCUGGGCCUGGACCGGUUCCUGCUGGGGCCGAGCCCCGGGGCUGGGGAAGCCCCGGGUACUCCCGACACAGAACAGGCGCUGUCCGCGCUCUCGGAUCUGCCCGGGAGCUUGACCGCCGAGCCCGCCGUGCCCAAGCAGCCACCGUCUCCUGGCGCCCCCUUCGCCUCGGAGGCGCUCAGCCUCCCGGAGGCCCAGCCCACGGCCGCAGACUCGCCCUCAUCCACGGCCUUCGCGUUUCCCGAGGCUGGGCCGGGGGAGGGCGCAGCUGGAACCCCCGCGCGAGGGACCGGUGACACGGACGAGGAGGCCGAGGAGGAGGCUUUUGAGGAUGCCCCCCGAGGCUCCCCAGCGGAAGACUGGGCCCCAGAGAGGGGAGAGGCCCGGCCGAAGUUGGGGGUUGAGCCCGAGGAGCUGGCGCGAGAGCCUGGAGCCCCCGCAGCCUCCUCCCUGCCCGGCAGCCCCUCGCCCAGUCCGCGCUGCUUCAAGCCCUACCCGCUCAUCACUCCCUGCUACAUCAAGACCACCACCCGGCAGCUCAGCUCGCCCAAUCACUCCCCAUCUCAGUCCCCCAGCCAGAGUCCCAGGAUCAAGAGGCGGCUGGAGUCCUCCCUGAGCCGGGGACCCAGAACUGCCCUGGCCUCGGCAGCCGCCCCGGCUAAGAAGCACCGGGCGGACGGCGGCCUCGUGGGCGGCCUCAGCCGUUCCGCGGACUGGACAGAGGAGGUGGGCACCCGCGCGCCGCGGGCGGGAGGCUCCGCGCACCUGCUGGAGCGCAGGGCGGCCACUGAAGGCGGUGGUAGGGUGUCCCCAGCGUUGGCCGCCAAAGCGUCUGGGUCGUCCACGGCUGCGGAGGGCUUCCAGAACGUAUUCACAGGGAGGACUCUGUUGGAGAAGCUCUUCAGCCAACAGGAGAACGGGCCUCCAGAAGAAGCAGAGAAGUUUUGCUCACGGAUCAUUGCCAUGGGUCUCCUACUUCCUUUCAGUGACUGCUUCAGGGAACCAUGUAAUCAGAAUGCCCAAUCGAACUCAGCUCCGUUUGAUCAAGAUCAACUUUACACCUGGGCUGCCGUUAGUCAACCCACACACUCGCUGGAUUACACAGAAGGGCAGUUUCCCAGGAGAGUCCCGUCUGUGUGGCCAUCAUCAAAACCUCCUCAUGAAGAGCACAGGUCGAAGAAGGCCGAAACAGAAUCUCAAUCUGCUGUUUUGGAACCCCCGAAUAAGUGUCCAGAUGCUGUCCAGCAGGAGGUUCUUGACACGAGGUCUGAGGGACAGGCAACUGUCAUUCAGCAGCUGGAACAGACCAUUGAGAAUCUGAGGACCAAAAUAGCUGAGCUGGAGAAGCAGUUCCCUGCUGUAGACAUGGAGUUGGCCAGUAGCCAUCGAGGUGUUGAGAAUGGAGUGGCACCCUCAGAAGAUGUCUGUCUUGAAGCUCUCAGGUUAGGAGAAGAGGAUGUACGGCCUCAAAGGAUUUUACAGGCAAAAUCCAUACAGACAUCCCCUACAGAAGAUGGGGGGAUACUGACACUAACUUCUGUGAAUGCAUUGUCUGAGGAACCUCCAUGCUCAGCUAGAGCUGAAAGUAGAGCAGCAGCUCUCCCAUCCUCACCUUCUGGAUUACAGACAAAAUUCUGUUCAGAGAUUUCUUUGAUUGUGUCUCCAAGGAGAAUAUCAGUACAGCUCGAUUCCCAUCAGUCCAUACAGAGUGCAUCACAGCUCCUGCCACCUUUAUCCCUUCCAUCAUCUGAUGGUCACGGACAGCCAGGGUCUCAACAGCCCCAUGCUUCUUUUCAUACUGAGUUUGAAGACAGUCAUGAACACUCUGUUUCUGAAAACAGCUGUAACAUCCCACACUCACCACUUUUGCCUUGCACAGAGACACCCAGCUCCAUGCCUGGCCUGGGCAUGGCAAUCCCUCCCCCUCCCCCUCUCCCUGGCAUGACAGUGCCUGCUCUGCCCAAUACAGCAAUCCCCCCACCUCCUCCUCUGCCAGUUACAGAAACGCCACCAUCCCUUCUCCCUCCUAUGUCUGGUGAGGGAGUACCCCUUCCUCCUCAUCUUCCUGGUAUGGGAAUUCCUCCUGCCCCCCCUCUACCUGGUAUGGGAAUACCUUCUCCUCCUCCUCUACCUGGUGUGGAAAUUCCUCCUCCCCCACCUCUACCUGGCAUGGGAAUUCCUCCUGCCCCCCCUCUACCUGGUAUGGGAAUACCUCCUGCCCCCCCUCUACCUGGUAUGGGAGUACCUCCUGCCCCCCCUCUACCUGGUAUGGGAGUACCUCCUGCCCCCCCUCUACCUGGUGUGGGAAUACCUCCUGCCCCCCCUCUACCUGGUAUGGGAAUACCUUCUCCUCCUCCUCUACCUGGUGUGGGAAUACCUCCUGCCCCUCCUCUGCCUGGUAUGGGAGUACCUCCUGCCCCCCCUCUACCUGGUGUGGGAGUACCUCCUGCCCCCCCUCUACCUGGUAUGGGAAUACCUCCUGCCCCCCCUCUACCUGGUAUGGGAAUACCUUCUCCUCCUCCUCUACCUGGUAUGGGAAUACCUUCUCCUCCUCCUCUACCUGGUGUGGGAAUUCCUCCUCCCCCUCCUCUACCUGGUGUGGGAAUACCUCCUGCCCCCCCUCUACCUGGUGUGGAAAUUCCUCCUCCCCCACCUCUACCUGGUAUGGGAAUUCCUUCUAUCCCUCCUCUACCUGGUGUGGGAAUUCCUCCUCCUCCUCCUACUCUGGGAGCUGGAAUUCCACCCCCUCCACCCCCUCCCCCUCCUCUGCCAGGUGCUGGCAUUCCUCCACCUCCUCCUUUACCAGGUAUGGGGAUUCCUUCUGCUCCAGCUCCUCCCCCUGGGACAGGAAUCCCUCCACCUCCACCACCCCCUCUCCUUCCUGGUUCAGGACCUUCACUUGCCCCACAAAUUGGGAGUAGCACUUUAUCGACACCACAGGUGUGUGGAUUUCUUCCUCCUCCAUUGCCAACUGGCCUGUUUGGAUUAGGGAUGAGUCAAGACAAAGGGAGUAGGAAGCAGCCAAUAGAACCUUGUCGGCCAAUGAAGCCUCUUUAUUGGACGAGAAUUCAACUGCAUAGUAAAAGAGAUUCCAGUCCUUCACUUAUUUGGGAAAAAAUUGAGGAGCCAUCCAUAGACUGUCAUGAAUUUGAGGAAUUAUUUUCUAAGACAGCUGUAAAAGAGAGAAAGAAACCUAUUUCUGACACCAUCUCAAAGACAAAGGCUAAACAAGUUGUCAAGUUAUUAAGCAACAAAAGAUCACAAGCAGUUGGAAUAUUAAUGUCUAGUCUUCACUUAGAUAUGAAAGACAUACAACAUGCUGUUGUUAACUUGGACAACUCUGUGGUUGACUUGGAGACUCUUCAAGCUCUCUAUGAGAAUAGAGCUCAGUCAGAUGAACUGGAAAAAAUUGAAAAGCAUGGCCGAUCCUCUAAAGACAAGGAAAACGCCAAGUCUCUGGAUAAACCGGAACAGUUCCUUUAUGAACUGUCACUAAUCCCCAACUUUUCAGAGCGAGUCUUUUGCAUCCUGUUCCAGUCCACGUUUUCAGAAAGCAUUUGCUCAAUUCGUCGCAAACUGGAAUUAUUACAGAAAUUGUGUGAGACGUUAAAAAAUGGUCCAGGGGUUAUGCAGGUUCUGGGUUUGGUUCUUGCCUUUGGCAACUACAUGAAUGGUGGAAAUAAGACUCGGGGUCAGGCAGAUGGUUUCGGAUUAGACAUUCUGCCGAAGCUGAAAGAUGUCAAGAGCAGUGACAAUAGCAGAAGCCUUUUAUCAUAUAUUGUUUCAUAUUAUCUUCGAAAUUUUGAUGAGGACGCUGGAAAGGAGCAGUGUGUAUUUCCAUUGCCGGAACCCCAGGACCUUUUUCAGGCCUCACAAAUGAAAUUCGAAGAUUUUCAAAAAGAUCUCAGAAAACUAAAGAAAGACUUGAAAGCCUGUGAGGUUGAAGCGGGGAAAGUAUAUCAGGUCUCCUCAGAAGAGCACAUGCAGCCUUUCAAAGGAAACAUGGAGCAAUUUAUCAUUCAAGCUAAAAUUGACCAAGAGGCAGAAGAGAAUUCACUGACAGAGACUCAUAAGUGCUUUUUGGAGACUACAACCUAUUUCUUCAUGAAACCAAAAAUUGGAGAGAAGGAGGUGUCCCCAAAUGUUUUCUUCAGUAUCUGGCAUGAGUUCAGCUCUGACUUUAAAGACUUUUGGAAGAAAGAGAACAAACUUAUUCUACAAGAGAGAGUGAAAGAAGCUGAAGAGGUGUGUAGGCAGAAAAAAGGAAAAUCACUUUAUAAAAUAAAACCAAGACAUGACUCUGGAAUUAAAGCAAAGAUAAGCAUGAAAACCUGAACGGUGCAAAGCAGAAUGAGAAUGAGUCAUCACCACAACUUUCACAAAACUCAGAUGACCUGAGUGUGGGAAGGAAACUACAUCCAUUCAGAUAAUUUUCUUCUUGACCUCUUGCAUAAUCUUUGUGUUUUCUAGACAGUUUACUGAUUAUUGAAUUUUACUGUAUACUCAUAUAAAAAUACAAAAGCAGUAGACCAGUGGAGAAUUUGACUGACAUCUUUUCUUUUUGUAAAAGUUUAUGGUAUUAUACCAAUAGACCAAAAGAGCAUGUUAUAAGAGGCAGUAUCUGCAUUAAUUCUGAACAUGCUAAACAUUAACCUAAAAUUUACUUUUGUGGGACUAUUCUUUGUCAUGGCAAAAACACUUUCCUACCUACUGACAACCAGUACUCCACUUCACUGCAUUUAGAUUUCUGGGUAAAAUGUUAUUUCUAGUGAGUUGUUUGUAUCAGUUUCAUGUCUACCUAUAAAUUUUCUAUUUUAAAAUAUAAGUACCAUUUCUAUAUUGUGAUCAAUGCUUUCCCAACUCUUGGGUUGCUCUCCAUAAGUAUAUAUUUGUGAAAGAAUAUUAUCUUUUUCUUUUUUUCACUCAAAUCAGAUAAUGAAUAGAAAAAAUAGCAAAGCAAAAACCAUUCAUUUCUUAUAAGUGAAUACAGGAAACUUAUAAGUAUUGGAAGUCUACUGAGGGCUUUUAUCAGAAUAUGUACUUUGAGAUUCAAUAAAGAACUCAUCUACAGCAGAGGUAAUUAAACUAAAGAUGUGCCUCUGUAAUUUUCACCAUGACAUUUCACAACAAGAAUUUUACCUAACAUUUUGAAGGAAUAUAAAUAAUUGGCAAACAUGACUAAUCAUUGGAGGAAGGGAAUGGAGAUUAACUUUUUGGAUGGAUUGACAUCUACCUAGAACUCAUCAAAUAAAUAUAUACAUGCCUGAGUAUUUUGACAUGAUUGGGAUUGUAUUUGUGUGUUACAGCAGGUGAAUAAAGCUAUAAAAUGAGAAUGUGACGAUUCAUUAUCUGAAGGAGUCUAGGAAAUGAUUUGGUUUUAUUUUUUCCUACUCUUUCUGUGAGUAAUUUAAACUCAGCUCAUGAUAAAUUAUGGUGGUUUUGUCUAACAUUAAUAUUUGGUUCUUUAAAAAUUGCUGUUAAUGAUGUCCUGGAUGGUUAUGGUUGUGACUAAAGGGGAGCAUCUGUUGCUAUUGCAAACCAAUUAUGGAAAGCAACUUUAAAAGAAAAACAAUGUUUUAAAUCAUAACUAUGUUUGUAUUUAUGUAAAGUAUAGUCUCUUACCUUUUAGUUUGCAGUUUACGUGCAAAGAAACAGUAGUGGGUUUUUUUUUCUGUUAUUGUUUUGUAGUCUUCCUGUCCCCUUUGGUCCCUCCAAGGUGGAUAUUACCAUCCUUCACUGAAAUAAUAGGGCAUUUAACAAAGAUCGCUAUGUGCAAUACUGUAUUUAGUGUUUCUAUUUCAAUUUUUCUAGGAUGUUAAUUUAUAUGAAAAUAAAAGAAAUAAAAUA